AUGGACGGCCCAAACGACGUCCCUGCUGGACUUAUCAGAGGCGUACAGGACAGUAGUCUUUCGGUGAAGGUCGCUAUCGGUGUCUUCCUUUCGAUAGCGCUAUACAACGCCACCGAACUCAUGUUUCUCAUCUUAUUAAGAUUUCGGCGAUACCAUGGACUCUACUUUUGGUCUAUUACGAUAUCCACGUUUGUUGGAGUUAUACCGUUUGCCAUUGGCUCUUUACUACAUUUCUUCGCAGCUGGCCCAUUAGUACUGUCUUUAGUCCUUACUGUGAUUGGGUUUUAUGCUAUGGUUCCGGUACAGUCCCUCGUGCUAUACUCGCGACUACAUCUUGUGUUUUAUCAUGAGAGAAUUCUACGGGCUAUUCUUUAUGGAAUAGUUACCACUGCUAUUCUCUUCCUUAUCCCGACAACAGUCACCAUGUUCGGGUCGGCUUUUGUUCGAUCACACUCGUGGAACAAAUCUUAUCAGAUUGCUGAAAAACUACAGUUGACUGGAUUUUCUGUCCAAGAACUGUUGAUUUCGAGUCUGUACAUUUUCCAAACCAUCAAGCUACUCCGAAUAAAUCCCAUGCAAGGGAGACGGCGAAAGAAUAUCAUGUACGAACUUCUGGCUUUAAACUUGGUGGUAAUGCUUAUGGAUGUCUCUCUUCUCGUCAUGGAAUAUCUCAAUAUAUAUUACAUGCAAGUUUCAUUCAAAGCGCUUGUAUAUAGUGUCAAGCUAAAGAUGGAAUUUGCUGUUCUGGGCAAGCUAGUCUCUUUGGCUGAUCCCAGUCAGCAUCAAGAUUUAGACAGUGGUUUCUCCGAUUAUACAACAUGA